CUUCCUGACAACCAUACGCCACAAGCAUCAACAUGGACAUCCUCAAACAACUGUUAUCCUGCUUCGGCACCGACUACCACGGCCUCGCUAAUGACAGUCAUACGAGCGACUACCCCACCGACGAGAAAGAUGCUGCAUUCACCGACGUUCCUUCUACCAUCGAGGCACAUUGUUCCGCCGACAAGACUGGCGACAAAAUCCUCCAUCUCAUCCUGACUGCCCCUGCACUCAACACACCCGCAUCAAACGCCCAGAUUCAGGAGAUCAUCAACUCUGGUCAGCCUGAUGCUGUCACCAGUUCUUCGUGGUGGCGUAACGCUGUCAUCAAGAGAGUCUACAAUGGCUUCAAGGUCCUGGUCGCCAAUGUUGAGGAGCAUGGAGAUACACUCAGCGACGCAUUGCGCACUCUGUUCAUGGACGCCAAAGCCUUUGCCGACGAGUUCAUGACCGAGCAUCCUUACAUCACUUGCUUCAUCGAGCUUGUUGCAUUGGCUCUGUUGAUCGAGGUCCUGACUCCUGCUCUCCUCGGCGCUCUUGGUUUCUGCGGUGAGGGAGUCCUUGAAGGAUCCUUCGCUGCUUGGUGGCAAUCAACUAUUGGCGACGUUCCCUACGGCUCGCUGUUUUCGAAGCUGCAAAGUCUUGCUGCAAGAUAUGGAAAGAGUCUACCCAUCAAGUAGGAAAUGAAUCGGUGGCUAUCACGACUUGCUCAGGAAGAAGCUUGAGGAUAAGCAAUCCUUAUGCUACAUCGUCAGUUGGGAUGGUAGACAGAGCUUUUUCAGUUCCUGCAGCUUCGAAUGCACUUAGCGGUCUCUAUAGCAUGGCAAAUCUCUUCCGGAAGAAGAAUAUCGUCAAUGAUGAGUAUUCUGCACACGAACCACC